AAUGGAGCUCAGUCCGCUGCCUGUGAUGCUCUUGCUGAUUUCACUCAUACCAGUGGUCCAGGGUCAAGGUAGUCCUAAAGCUGUGGUGUCCAUAAAGCCUGAUAGACAUGUGUUCACUGGAGAGAUUGUUACUCUCAGAUGUGACGUACAGAGAGCAGGAGACACUCAGUGGACUUACAGCUGGAAUAAAGAUAAUAACAAACUCUAUUCAAAUGGAAAUAAGAGAAAAUACAUAGACAACACAAUGGCUGUGUUAAUAAUCAAAUAUGUUAGAGACUCUGACAGUGGAACCUAUACCUGCAGAGGACAUGGGAGAGACUCUCAGAGCUCAGAGAUCAGUGAUGCUGUUACACUGACUGUAUCAGUAAAACCCAAACCGACUGUGGGAGUGAAUCCUCAGAGCUCCGUCUACACUGGAGACACCGUCACUCUGAGAUGUGAGCUGCAGCGGGAGACUGGAUGGGAGUUUCAAUGGUACAAAAAUAAUCAGUGGUUCCAGAAUCUGAACAAUGAACAAGUGAACACACUUAAAGUGACAGAUAAUGCAGAAGAAGCAGAGUACACGUGUCAAGCAUACGGGAAAAACUACUACUACUUUGAAACAGAGCUCAGUGAUCCUGUCAAUAUUACAGUUAGAGAGAGACCACAGGCAGUACUGAGUAUAUCUCUACACAGCUGGCUGACUGAAGGAGACUCAGUGACUCUAAGCUGUGAGGUUACAGACUCCUCUACAAACUGGACAUUCAGCUGGUACACAGUUGUUCCCUACAGAGACGGAUUAACUGGAAUAUAUAAUAAUCGUGGCUAUAUCGUGUAUGUGGAGCUCCUCUCAGACAGCAGCAGAGGAUCUGGAGGCAAAUACACUCUCAGUCCUGCUGCUCUUAAUCACACAGGAGUUUAUAUGUGCAGAGGAGAGAGAGGAGAACCAGCCCUUCACACACAGUACAGCAAUCUACAGCCACUAUGGAUCACUGGUGAAUCCCCUCCAGUCACUCUGAUCAUCAAUCCCAGCAGAACUCAACACUUUACUAAUGACUCUCUCUCACUGAGCUGUGAGGACCAGAGUAAGUCUACUGGAUGGACAGUGAGACGAUACACACACAGUGAGAGAGUGUUAGAUUGUUCACACUGGGGAUCAGUUACAGGAUCUACAUGUAACAUCAGCUUCCUCUCCACAUCCUACACUGGAGUUUACUGGUGUGAGUCUGAAUCUGGAGAAAACAGUAAUCCUGUCAACAUCACAAUGCAUGAUGGUGAUGUGAUCCUGGAGAGUCCUGUCCAUCCUGUGACUGAGGGACAUCCUCUGACUCUACGCUGUUUAUAUCACAACCCAAAUCCCUCAAACCUCCGAGCUGAUUUCUAUAAAGAUGGAUCAGUUCUCCAGAACCAGACUACAGGAGAGAUGAUCAUCCAAACUGUCUCAAAGUCAGAUGAAGGUUUCUACCACUGUGAACACCCAGAGAGAGGAGAGUCACUGAAAAGCUGGGUCUCAGUCAGACGUGCAGAAGCUCCAUUCACAGUGAUCAUGCUGAUCUGUAGUGUGGUGACGGCCUCGCCGUAUCUGCUGGUGACCAUCAUUCUGCUGGUCAUAUGUUACAGAGCUCGAGAUCACACAGAUGAAGACAGAAUUGAGAAUGCAGUCAUAGAGGAGUGAGUAAAGUUCAUCUAUAAAAAGAAGAUACAUUUACUGGAAUAUAUAUAAUUCCAGAAUUUCUUUUUCUUUAUGGUUUUGUGUGGAUAUAUUUGCUCAGCAUAUUAUAGACGCCCUCACUGUUGUGAAUGGCUUUGUUUAGUUAAUGUCUGCAAACCUGCUCAUGAGGU